AUGGAAAAGGAUCGUUCAAAAUAUAGAUACUCUUCAGAAAUACAGCAAAUGAUGUUUGUAUUUGGUGAAGUUACUGAACCUUUGGUAGAGACAACUCAACUUGUUGAAGAUAUUGUAAGAUCACAAGUCAUCGAAAUUAUUAUUCAAGCAGCAGCACAAGCGGCAAAACGUGGGUCUAGAUACAUGAGUGCUGAGGAUUUAAUAUUUUUAAUUAGACAUGAUCGAGCAAAAGUUAAUCGAUUGCGAACUUAUUUGAGUUGGAAAGAUGUAAGAAAAAAUGCCAAAGAUUCAGGUGGAAAUGACGCAACUGAAGAAAUUUUGGAAGAACCUAAUGCAGCCAAGGCACGUAAAAUGAAAGUCAAAUUGUCAUGGGAGUUGGUAAAUUCAUUUUCAGAGUAUUUGAAUGCAGAUUCAGAUGAGGAAGACGAGGAAGAAUUAGAUGCGUAUAAUGACUCGGUACAACGAUUAAAGGAUGCCGAUGAAAUUACAAAGGCAAUGACACGAGAUGAAUAUGUUCAUUAUUCAGAGUGUAGACAAGCAUCAUUCACAUAUCGUAAAGCGAAAAGGUUUCGAGAAUGGGCAAACAUGUCAGCCUAUAUUGACAUGAAACCAAACGAUGAUAUAAUUGAUAUUUUGGGAUUUUUGACAUUUGAAAUGGUUAGCAAAUUGACAGAAACUGCUUUAUUGGUCAAACAGGAAACGGAUCGAGAUUUUACCUCAAAUAAUUUAAAUAAUAAGUUGAAUAAAUUUAGACAAAUGUAUUUGCAAAAUGGUUAUGAUGGCGAGAAUGGAAUUCAUCUAUUUUCCAAGCCACCACCAGAACAAACUCCUCUACAACCAUCUCAUAUACACGAAGCAUUUAGAAGAUUACAAAUGGACUCACAGCCAAUGAAGAUUUUCAGAGGUGGAUUAAAUAGAACCAAAGUCAGUUUAAUCUAA